AUGGUCGAUCGGAGCACGGUCUCGUGGGCGCUCUUCCGGCAGACGUCGCAGUCAUCGGCGGCCAUGGUGUCGGAGGUGCCGCACUCGCUGAUCUCGCUGCGGCAGCCGCACGCCGUGGCGGUCAAUCUGGGCGACUACGAGGGCUCGGGCCUGGCCGAGCUGGCGCUGGGCAUCGUCGACGACAACGAGGUCACGCUCUACCUCUACGCCAUCGACCAGCUCACGGUGGCCUUGCCCAUGACGCUCCAGAAGACGCUGCUCAUCGCCGAGGCGCCCUGGUGGGACACUGCCCAAUACAACUUGCGGAUGGUGUCGGGCGACAUGAACAACGACGGCGACGACGAGAUCGUGGUGGCGUUCACCAGCGCGACGGCGGGCAGUGGCAGCCAAGCCGACGUGUUCCGCGUGGACAGCGCGACGUGCUUCCGACUGGAGUGUCUCGAGCUGGUGGGCAGCUUUGCUUUUGUGUUGCCCAGCGGACCCACGGUCCCGGAGUCAACCGCCGCGGUUCUGGCGAGCAGCGGCGAUUCAAAGAAGGCGACGGAGUCGGUGGAGAUGACGACCACGAGGAGUCCCGAGAUCAAGCUUGCCAUUGGCCUGCCUGCUGGUCUGCUCCCGCCCGCCAGCGAUGAUAACGAGGGUUAA